AUGAGUACCAGUGUGGGUAAAGAGAAGGACCCCAAAGAUAAAGAGCCGAAGGGGCCUGCAGCGGUAAAGGACCGUGAAAAGGAGCCCAAGGCCUCUGGUGGCACUCUUAAAGACAGCAAAGACAAGGAUCUUAAGACCAAAGUGAAAGAUGCCAAAGAAGGGAAGAAAGAUGCCAGCGGGGCGCAGCCUGGGGUGGCAUUUUCCGUGGACAAUACGAUAAAACGUCCUAAUCCAGCACCUGGAAUGCGCAAAAAGGCCAGCAAUGCUGAGGUGAUCAAGGAAUUGAACAAAUGCCGGGAAGAGAACUCUACUCGCUUGGACUUGGCAAAAAAGUCUGUACACCAACUCCCGGCC